ACGGGGCGGGCCGGCGGCGCGGGCCCUGUAGCCAUUUUAGGAGGAAACCCGGAUCGCUCGCCCGGGGUGCGGCUUCAAUUUCAACAACUUUAUUGGUGGCUUGAUCGGCAGAACAGCCACAGCGCUGGUGGCCAGAGGAGGAGGGAGCGCAUCGCCGGAGGUGGCCCCCGACGCGAGCUGCAGCCAUGGGAAACACCACCAGCGACCGGGUGUCCGGGGAGCGCCACGGCGCCAAGGCUGCACGCGCUGAGGGCGCCAGCGGCCAUGGCCCGGGCAAGGAGCACAAGAUCAUGGUGGGCAGCACCGACGACCCCAGCGUCUUCAGCCUGCCCGACUCCAAGCUCCCUGGGGACAAAGAGUUUGUAUCAUGGCAGCAGGAUUUGGAGGACUCCGUAAAGCCCACACAGCAGGCCCGGCCCACUGUUAUCCGCUGGUCUGAAGGAGGCAAGGAGGUCUUCAUCUCUGGGUCCUUCAACAAUUGGAGCACCAAGAUUCCACUGAUUAAGAGCCAUAAUGACUUUGUUGCCAUCCUGGACCUCCCUGAGGGAGAGCACCAAUACAAAUUCUUUGUGGAUGGACAGUGGGUCCAUGAUCCAUCGGAGCCUGUGGUUACCAGUCAGCUCGGCACGAUUAACAAUUUGAUCCAUGUCAAGAAAUCUGAUUUUGAGGUGUUUGAUGCUUUAAAGCUAGAUUCUAUGGAAAGCUCAGAAACAUCUUGUCGAGACCUUUCCAGCUCACCUCCAGGGCCUUAUGGUCAAGAAAUGUAUGUGUUUCGAUCUGAGGAGAGAUUCAAAUCCCCACCCAUCCUUCCUCCUCACCUACUCCAAGUUAUUCUUAACAAGGACACUAAUAUUUCUUGUGACCCAGCCUUACUCCCUGAGCCCAACCAUGUUAUGCUGAACCAUCUGUAUGCGUUGUCCAUUAAGAUAAAGAAACUAAGGCUCAGAGAAGGUCAAAUUGCCAGACAGUGUGAUGGUCCUUAGUGCAACCCAUCGCUACAAGAAGAAGUAUGUCACUACUCUGUUGUACAAGCCCAUCUGAAGGAAUCCCUUCUUCCUCCAAGGAUUCAGGAGAAGCAUCUCCCUUGCCUUUCUGGACUGAACCAGUCUCAUCUGAGACUGGACGGCUGAUUUGCUUUGAGGCUGAUAAUGUGUAUUUCAGAGCCUCCGCGUAGGAUGCUCUGCUUUUGCAUUUGAUUGCAGAUGAGAGCUUUAUGAGUUCAUGGAAUUUAUUUUAAGAAAAAAAAAAUAUAUAUAUAUGAGAGGAAGGUAAAUGGAAGCUUCCUAGCCCCAGCUAGACGUAUUCUGUCUGCCUGUGGCUAUUCACCAAGACCUGUUUAGGGGAGCUGUAGGAAUAACUACACAGGAAGUUUUUUUUCCUAAAAUGAAAGAACAGCAAACUCUUAGGAUCCUUUUGGGCAGAGAUUCUGUCACUGCUACCUUGGCUUUCCAAGGGAUGGACUUGUGUUAGACUGCUGCCCUACUUACAGCUGCCUCAUUGCAAGGGCAGCUUUUCUUGCAUGGGUUCUCUGUAUUCCCAGAGUAUGUAGCACAAUCUGUAUUUUUUGUAUGAUACCGGAUGCCCAACAAGAUCCCUUUUUCCUCUCAUUUCACAUUCUUCCUUUAAUAGCCUCCUUCAGAUCACAUACCUGACCCCUCCCUAACACAAAACUAAUUGGGUAAGUGACCCCUUUGAGAAGUUAUAUGAGACCUGACUCACCUCAGAGACUAGAGCUGCCAGAAAGUCUCCUGUUUAGCUCAGUGCAGGUCUAGGCCACUUUGUUACUGCUUAUUUUAACUUCUGCUAAAGAAAAUAUGUCUCAGCAUUAUAAAAAAGGCAGAAUGCAGAAAAUCUACUUUUUUGUUUCAGUUUGGUCCCAAGGCUUAGGCUGUAUUGGCACAUUCCCGUAGGUUUUCCCACUUGGCCUGGCCCUGCUUCCAUCCUUUUUCUCUCAGAGAAGGACAGCUCUGAAGGUAAGAAUGGAACCAGGGACAACUUUCAUGUCUUUCAUCCUUGAAAGAUUUUUAUGUGCCUGCAUUUUUCUUUAAUUAAAAAAACAUGCCUUUCCAUUGGUCUUAAGAGACUGCAUUGGAGAACUUCAGGCUCUUGAUAAAUGAUUCUGAAGAUCUUCUUCUCUAGCCUAGCCCUCUACAAUCUUACACUAAUAUGGCCAACCCUAUGGGCAUCAUUACACUAAACACCGUCCUAGAUACAAUUUCAUUCAACUCAUUUGAUGCACUACAGGGUUCCCUUAAUUUAAAGAUUUAUUAAGCCAAGAAGCAAGAAAGUGUUCCUGGUUUUCCCAACCAUGAAAAUAUCACUCUUUGUACUAAGUAUUAACAAAAUCAUUUUGUUCUUCUGCCUCUUCUUUUAAAAAUAUUUGAUGAUGAAGUGGGGUCACUAAUUUCAAUUUUAGACUGAAAAGUAGCCAUUCAAUCCACUUUUGGGGUUCAGAGAUAAAACUUUUUUUCCAAGUAUCUGUGGCUCUUCCAUUUUACAGAUACCAAGUCAAAAAAUUCAACACUGAAGGAGGCCAAACUGUUGAUGAUUGAGAAACUCCUUGACUGCUAAGAUAAAUCCCACCACACUGAAAGGGCACCCACAGAUCAGUUUAGCUACCUCCUGUCUUUUCCAUGCAAGGCUGGCAACACAGUUGUCUUUGGGCACGUAGAAUUCUUGGAUGCCAGGUAUGAGGCAGUAAGGUGUGGGUUCAUCGUUUUGCUGGGAUGCAAAUUAUUGAAAGCUUUGGUGGUUAAUUGCUGAGAGGAAAUACUUCUUUAGCCAUCCAAGGCCGUCUUCUGCAGCAAAAGGUGUUUGUGGAGAACCUUUUAUGGUCCCAACUACUUUUUAAAUGACGUGCCAUUUAAAAAAUCCAAGCCAGAUCUUAUUAUAACCAAGUCUCAGGAUUUACAUCGUCUUCAGUUAUAGUAGAAUUUUAUGUUUAUCCAAAACCCAUUAAAUAAGUGGGCCACUUAGGAGGAUUCAAAAUCUUGGUUACCUGGAGAAUUUUGUUGUACUCAUAUUUUUUGUCAGAAGUAUUGAAAUGUAAUUAUGUGUUCAUAUAUUAAAAUUUUUACUCCACACAGGUGUAUCAGUAGAGUGGGGCAGGAAAAGAGAUCUCUUCAGUUUCCCUCAGGCCAGAGGCUUCUGUGAAUUGGGUCUGGUUCCAAUGCCAGUAGGUUUUGGUGCUGGUGACCUUCAGAUCUUUCCAAUCUGGAAAUGUGCAAAGAGUGUCAGUUUCCCAAGUUCUGAGGUCAUCUCUCAGCCAGAUGUGAAACGGGAGCCCACCAGCUGGUAUAGAACAGGAUGGUUAAGAAGAACUGGGUGAUGACUCAUUCAGCGCUGUCCUUUUUCUGUCCUGCUCACACACCUGUGGCUCUGAGAAGCCCUAUCUCGGUCUGUCCUCAAGAGAGCACUGUUCUGGAGGAGAGAGAAGGAAGGUAGCCCAAAGUACAGUUCACGCAUCCUUUUGCUUAGUUAAAGGGAUAGUUUAUUUUAUGCAGAAGAGAGUUUGGCAGAUUUUGAAAAUGACUAAAGGCAAAAAAAAUUUUUUUAGCUUUUUUUUUUUUUUUUUUUUUUUUUGCCUAUCAGAAUUUCAGGGUCAAAGUUGGGAGAAUAAGAAAAUAAGUCUUCAGGAGGGCUGACCCUUAAAGAACUGCAACAUGUUUUGGGGCGUUGUAGGGAAAAGAAAGAAGAGCAACUGAGUUGAGGAGUGAUAUUAGGAAGAUAAAGGCUUAAGUAUUAUAACUCAGAACUGAAAAAUAUGCUUUUUUUAAAAAACAUGAAAUCACACAUAAUGUGGUGGUGUUCUUGGGUCUCAUUGUACAAAACUUAGCAGCAUGUAAACCAUCUUCUCUUUGCCUUUUCUUAUUCCUGUUCUCUACCCUUUCCUCUGUAUUCCGGUUUAACUUCAUUUGUCAGGUAGACUUUGCCAGAGUCUCGAGUCACACAUUAUCUAAAACACAGGUUAGUUGUCUUGCUGGUAUGGAGAACGUCCACCCAUGAUUAUUAGCUUGCUCUAAGCCUAGAGUUGACUGGGAUUUAACCACUGUGGGCAACCCCCCUUAGCCUCAGUGGUAUUUUAGGCAUACUUUUAAACAUAUGCUUAUAUGGUAGCGAAUCCAAGAGAAGUUUCUGAGGAUCCUGCAGACCCAGCCCCACUCAUUUUCCUUCAGUUAUUUCUAGUCUUUUGUAGAUUUAAUGGAUCUGAGAUAAACCUUUAAAAAGUGUCAAUACUCCAUGUAUGCUGCUAAAAUGAAGUUAAAUUUAGAAAGAAGUGAUACCUCCAGACUGGGUUUAUAUUAAUCUGAGAUAUAAGUGAAGGAGACAUAAUAAUGAUAGAAUUCCCUGCUUUUGACUGGGGAAAUAGGGCUUUUAAAUUUUUGACCUCAACUAAAAAUGAUAUGCAAUAGUCUAUGUUUGUAUGUGUUUGAAAUACAUUCUAUUCUCAGAGAUUUCUACAUCCUCACAUUCUAGUAAUUUGGGCAUGGGCUUAACAGCAGAUAUACAGUUCAUUCCUGCAUUAUUCUGAUUCAUCCUUAAAGCCAAGUUCUUGCUGUCUUCUACCAGGGGCUGCUGGCUCCAGUUACCCAUGGAAUGGAGGACCUGGGAAGGGAUAGUGGUUAGGGUUUUCAAAAUUCUGUGGAUCUAAGCAUUUGUUUCUUCUCAAGUGCCAAUCACAAUUGAAGAUUAAAGGACUGUGAUUUCUGUAAUGAACCCAACUUUUGGAGUAAAAAGCUAAAUCUUCUUUUAAGUCAUAGAAAGAAGGAAGAAAAGAUAGAGAAACUCAAGUCUUGUUACUUGUAGACUCCAAUUCUUAGCAAAGGAAUCCCUCUAGGAUUCUAAUUUGGGCUUUGUCUUGAUUUGCUUUUCUCAGUUGUGCUUUGAAGUGAAUAAGCUUCAUUAAAAAUUAAUUUUUUUAUUAGUUCCAACACCAGUUGUUGUUCACUUGAAUGAAUUGUGUGUAGCACAGUACUUUUGCAGUAAGAUUGGUGUGAAAUACUAAACACUCUGGAUUUUGUAGGUUUCAGGUUAAAUGGUCAAUUAUAACUACAUUAAGUAACAUACUAGGUAUUGACUAUCUUAGUUCUUUGUAUUUCCCUCUACAGAACAUUUACCCUACCCAGCUUGUGGUUUUAGGACAGCCAAAGCUCACUGUUGUUUAGUCCUAUCUCUACACUGGGUCCCAUAUAUGAUACUUGUUUGAAUUUUGGUUAAUUGGAGGCUGUUGGUUGGUAUUACACUGAAGCAUUUUGAGUAAGUGCAACUCUGUAUCUGUCAGAAAGGGGGGAUAAGACAAUAAUUUGAAAGGAAUUAAAUAUGUGAGAGUCUUUUAAAUGGUGCUUUUUGUAACCUUUAAUGCUGAGGUACAGAGCUGCUUUUCAGUGUUUCACAAAGGAGUGACAUACAAGUAUGAGUUUUAAAACUUUUCUCCAAAUGUAAUUUGUCACCGGACUCUGAUAUGCCUGAAAGUUACAUGAUGUAACACAUACAAAAAUGUGAGUUUUUCCAUAAAACUCUUUAAUAAAAGUAUUAUACAGCAAUAA